UUAAAAAGAACUAGGGCACAGCUUCCGCGCCGGGAAUAUAUAAUAUUUGAGAAGUACGCAGCAGAGCGGUCAGGGCGUAACGAAGAUACGAAGCCGGAGAAGAGGGCUUUCAGUUGGUGGAGAAUAUCAUCUUAUCUUUCCAUAUAUUACAUCUGCUGCUCUUCUAUUCACCAGUAAAAUCCUAAAGCUUGUGGAGCAUGGAUCGGUACCAGAAGGUGGAGAAACCAAAGGUGGAGACACCUAUUGAUGAGAAUGAAAUUCGGAUUACAAGCCAAGGAAGGAUGCGGAGCUACAUCACUUAUGCAAUGACUCUGCUUCAGGAAAAGAAUUCAGAUGAAAUAGUAUUCAAGGCAAUGGGCAGAGCCAUCAACAAAACUGUAACAAUUGUGGAGUUAAUCAAGAGGAGAAUUGUUGGUCUUCACCAAAUUACAACAAUUCAAUCCACCGACAUCACAGACACAUGGGAACCCCUGGAGGAAGGCCUCCAAACUCUGGAAACAACAAGGAAAGUAUCAAUGGUCACAAUUACCCUCUCAAAGAAGGAGUUGGAUAAGUCAAAUAUUGGGUACCAACCACCAAUACCAGCUGACCAGGUGAAGGUGUCUACGGAACUCGACUAUGAUGGAGAUGGGUCACCUCUUGCCCGAGGAAGAGGCCGGGGUGGUAGAGGGAGGGGGAGGCCGAGAGCCCCACCUGGGAAUGGAUUUUUAUCUGCUGAUUAUGAGGACGGAGGCUAUGAGCGCAACCGUGGAUAUGCCAGGGGUAGAGGACGAGGCAGGGGUCGCAGUUUCCGUGGUCGUGACAGGGGAGGGUACAAUGGUCCUCAGUUGGACGUUCAACAUGAUGCUGGAGGCUACAAUCAAGAAGCACCUCGAGGUCGUGGCCGUGGGAGGGGGACUCGUGGCAGGGGUCGUGGAUUCAGGUCUAAUGGUCCAGUUAAUGCUACUGCUGCUUGAGGUGCUUGGGUGUUCAAAUUCUGGUGCUUCUUGUAUCAGGACAGUAUGGUCAAUGAGUUGAUGGAUGUUUGCUUCUUUGCUAUAUGUCUUUUCACAGUCGUUGCUAGUAUUAACUGUAGAAGGUCAUCUGUAAUCAUUGUAGACUAACUUGGGGCCGCGUGUGCGUGGUGAGCCUUUUUGUUUUCUUUUUUACCAUUAUCUUUUUAAAUUUAUAGUUGUUAGUUGCUGUAAUCAAGUGUAACUUGAUUGGCGAGCAGCACAUUCUUUAAUUUGUAGUCUGGAUAAGGUUGAUAUUUAUUUAGAAAUGGUCUUUCUUUCAA